UGAUCUUGAAUGAAGGCAAUCUGAGUGCCUUCCAUCUUUGAGGGGGGAUUAUCACCAAGAGAGCGGUUUUUUCGACGGAGAAUUAAAGAGAGAUCGAAUGACGGUUUCCUUGGCGCCUUCGGAGUGCUCCUUGCACUGCCGAUCCAUUGUCGCGUGCUAAUGUAAUGGCGGCUUUCAUGGAGUAAAAAGUUGUAGCUUCAAGUUGACAUGGAAAACGACAAUGGUGGAAAAGUUCCGGUUUCUUCUCAAAUCCAAGAGAAUGAUUCAGGAACAAAGUAUACAAUACCGGGCAUUUUACAUUUUAUUCAACAUGAGUGGGCCAGAUUUGAAAUGGAUCGAGCACAUUGGGACGUGGAGAAAGCCGAAUUGCAGGCACGUAUUGCAUUCCUACAAGGAGAAAGAAAAGGACAAGAGAAUCUUAAGCAUGAUUUAAUUAGAAGAAUAAAGAUGUUGGAAUAUGCUCUCAAACAAGAAAGAGCAAAAUAUCAUAGAUUAAAAUAUGGUACAGAUGUGUCGCCAGAAAAAGUGAGCAAAGAGGAAGAUAAUGUAAAUCAAGAAUCUCACAAAGAUGGCACCACAAAUAACACAAAACCAGGAAUGAACUGGCGGCAAGGUCGACAACUUUUACGACAAUACCUUCAAGAAGUUGGCUAUACAGACACUAUUUUAGACGUGCGCUCAUCACGUGUCAGAUCUAUUCUUGGCCUCUCAGUGGCUGAUGCCUCAGCACCAGACCACCCUCAACCAAAUGGCAUCUCAAGUAAGAGCCGAGGAGAUGAAUUCGCAGUAAUCGAAGAGCAUGCGCGGUCUCCAAAAAGAACUGACUCGGCCUCAAGCAGGAAGUUGUCUAAUGAAGAAUCUGAUGGUGUUAUCUCCAUAACUCCUGGGAAACGGGUGCCAGUUCGACCAGUUGUCAACAACAGGGGGCCUCCUCUUGAUGACGAUCUGGAAACAGAAGCCGCAGUACUUGCAAACUUUGACUUUCUUCAAAAUGAUGUAGAAGAUGAAGAAGACAAUGAUGAUGAAUUAGAUGAUGGCGGCAGCGCUGACGAUGAAUCUGAGGACAGAGAUGAUAUAAGACUUGGGAGAAGAAUGGGCAAGAGGGCCAAACCAGAAUUAAAUAAAGAUGCCGUAGAAGAAAUGCUCACCGCAGAUGACGAGACAGCUGAUGCACUUGCUGAGUUUGAUUUCGUAAUAAAUGACGACUCUGGUUCAGAAACUGAUGUCACAGUGAUUGAGGUCCAGGGAAAUGUUGAAGUGUUAGAAAAUGUGGACAUUGCCAUGCCAGAGGAAGCAGAUUAUUCUGUGACACAAGACACCAGAGAUGGAUCCAGCAACCAGGAUGAGUGGGGAGUUGAUUCAAACUUGCUGGCAAAGUUAAAAGAGCAGUACAAGAAAGAGAGAAAAACCAAGAAGAGCCAGAAAAGACCACCAAGAUCGGCACUACAAGCCAUGCUUGCGAAUCUUGAAGGGGAAGAUGAAAUGCCUCCACCCGCACCUGCCCCCAACAUCAUAAACGUUCCUCCGCCUGUGAGACUGAGUGGAUCCCGUGCCACCUCCGAGAUCCCACCCAUCGCUAGUGUGUCUGUACCUGGGAGUUCAGCUACUGGGGGCAAAGGAGCUGCAGCCCCACCCAUUGCCACAGCAGAUGAGCCCUUUGAGAGUGCUCUUGGUCUGGGUGAACUGGCAAGUCUUACAGUUACCAACGAAGCAGAAGCUCUCUCUUAUGAAGUAAGCACAAAGGAGGAGUUUAGAAAAACAUGGAGCCCAAAGUUCACAUUGAGAAGUCAUUUUGAUAGCAUCAGGUCAAUAUACUUUCACCCAACUGAAUCAGCUCUCAUAACAGCCUCUGAAGAUCACUCACUUAAAUUAUGGAACCUUCAGAAGACUGUACCACAGAAAAAGAGCAGUAUAUUAGAUGUGGAACCAAUUUACACUUUCAGAGGACACAGUGCUCCUGUCCUCUCGGUUGUGAUCAACUCUACCAGUGAAAUGUGUUUCAGUGGCAGUGCUGACUCGACCAUUAUCUGUUGGAGUAUUCCUUCUCUUGAUAUAGACCCUUACGGUCCUUACAAUUCGGAAAACCUCAGUGGCGUCCUUGUAGCGCAUACAGACGCAGUGUGGGAUCUGGCAGUUCAGACUGGUUCACUACAGUUGCUUUCCGCUUCUGCAGACGGCACGUGUCGGCUUUGGAGUCCCACAUUAAAAUCACCCCUACUAAAUAGCUACACUCCACAACAAGAAGGUUAUGGUGUUCCCACAUCGAUCGAUUUUGUCCGCACGGAAACGUCACAGAUGGUCGCUUCUUAUUCCUCUGCUCAGUGUGUUAUUUAUGACCUAGAGACAGCAGCGCCAGUAGUCGCACUGGACAGCGCCAAAACGUACAAUAAUUCACCGUCGACUCAAAUUAACAAAGUAGUUAGCCACCCCACCCUCCCCCUCACAGUCACAGCGCACGAAGACAGACAUAUACGCUUCUUUGACAACAACACAGGUAAGCAAAUUCACACCAUGGUGGCACAUCUUGACGCGGUGACGAGUUUAGCCGUGGAUCCUAAUGGCCUCUACCUCCUCUCAGGAAGUCACGACUGCUCUAUUCGCCUUUGGAACCUGGACAGCAAAACCUGUGUCCAAGAAAUCACCUCACAUCGAAAGAAAUUUGAUGAAGCGAUAUACGACGUAGCUUUUCACCCAAAUCGACCAUACAUUGCUAGUGCGGGCGCGGAUGGAUUAGCGAAGGUGUUCGUCUGACGUGUGACGUUGUCAAGGCAACUGGAACAGGAACUUGGCUAGCG